UCUACUGAGUUGUGCCAAGGGCAGUGCCCAAAACUGCUCAAGUGCCUGGGCCAAAGGUCCCCAGGCACACGAUGCUACAGUCUCUCAAGUCCAACAACAUCUUAGUAGCCGGGAGUCAGCUGAGGUAGUUCUUCUGGAAGGUGUCUCUCACUGUCCACUCAACUAUGUCGUCUCGCAAUCAGGUAGCUCUGGUGACCGGGGGUAACAGGGGCAUCGGCUUCGCCAUCACACGUGACCUCUGUCGGAAGUUCUCGGGGGACGUGGUGCUCACGGCGCGGGACGAGGCGCGGGGCAGGCGCGUGCAGCAGCUGCAGGCGGAGGGUCUGAGCCCGCGCUUCCACCAGCUGGACAUCGAUGACCCGCAGAGCAUCCGCGCCCUGCGCGACUUUCUGCUUGAGGAGUACGGGGGACUGGACGUGCUGGUCAACAACGCAGGCAUUAGCACCUGGCCCAAGAAUAAGCCACCAAGAAGAGAUGACAUCUUCAAGGACACCCAGCCAGGCACUGAUCUGACCCACUUUUACAUUCAAGCAGAAGCAGCAAUGAAAACAAACUUUUUUGGUACCCGGGCUGUCUGCAUGGAGCUACUCCCCCUAAUAAAACCCCAUGGUGAGUCUGGUAGGUGAUCUGCUCUGAGAUCA